UUUUUUAUAUAUAUAAUAGAGUUUACAUCUAAAAAUCAGAUCUUAUCUAUAAUGCAUUAUACGACUUAUCAAUAAACAAAUUUACGUGUGUUUGCAAUGGUUUUAGUUUCCUGAGCUGAUCAAUAAUCAGAAAUGUUAUCUAUAUAUAUAAAGGGGCAAUAGAAUAGAGGGUCAGGAGGAAUAUAUGUAAAGAGAAAUUAACACAACGGUGGAUUAGGGGCUCUGAAAUCUGAGGCUCUAUGCAAUGAGCAUAAUUAUAUAGGUCCAGAGGGAGAAUGAUUAAAGCUUCUUCCAGCUUCAUUUUAUUUUGCUCCCUCCAACCAGAUAGAGAAACAGAGCAUUUUGGUUCUUCACUAAUUAGUAAUUAAGGUAAAUUAUGGGAGUUUCAAUUUACUCUUAACAUUUUUGUUUUACCUUGCAGAUUAUAGAGAUAUAUGGCUUCUUCUUCUUCUUCUUCUCAAGAAGAGUACGAGUACGAGGUGUUUCUCAGUUUCAGAGGUGAGGACACCCGCCGUGGUUUUACGGGACAUCUUUACGAUGCUUUGCGUGAAAAGAAUAUCAGAACCUUCAUGGAUGAUAAAAAAACUGAAACUGGAUAUAAAAUUUCACCACAACUUAGCAAAGCAAUUAUGGGAUCCAAGAUUUGGAUAAUCGUUUUCUCCAAAGAUUUUGCUUCUUCCACGUGGUGUUUGGAUGAAGUGCUUCAAAUACUUGAAUGCAACAGAAAUAGAAAUGGAGAAAUUAAAGGCAAUGUGAUACCAAUAUUUUAUGGCAUAAAACCAACCAUUGUACGGAAACAGGAGGAAAGCUAUGCAGUUGCAUUUGCUAAACACGCAGAAUGUUUUAAGGAUAGAAUUGAGAUGGUGCAGCAAUGGAGGGAUGCUCUAAAUGAAGUGUCUGGUGUGAUCGGUCAUGAUUCAGAAAAUUUUAGGUAUGAUCACGAGCUAAUUGACAAGAUUGUUAAUGAUGUUUUACUGAAGUUGCCAAAAAAAAAAACUAACAAUUGAUCAUUUCAAAAAGAACUUGAUUGGAAUUGAAAAGCGUGUCAAGGAUAUUGAAUCAUUUUUAUGCAUUGACUCGGAGGAUGAUGUUCGCAUAAUAGGCAUUUGGGGCAUGGGAGGUAUUGGUAAGACCACCCUUGCUAGUACUGUGUUUGACAUAUAUAAAUCUUCUUUCGAUGCUGAUUGCUUCCUUAAGAAUGUGAGGGAGGAAUCCAAGAGACAAGGAAAAGAGUAUUUGAGAAAGAAACUUGUCAAAAGAGUAUUUCAGUUGGCCCAAAAAAAGGUGAUUGUUGUUUUAGAUGAUGUGGAUGAAAUAUUAUCAUUAAAAUAUUUUCUUGAAGGGCAUGAAGAGUUUGCUACUGGAAGUAGAAUCAUUGUCACAACGAGAGAUGUGCAGGUGCUUAGGUAAGUCACUGAUAAAAUCUACGAGGUUAAAGGGUUUGAUUACUUUGAAGCUCUUAAACUCUUCCAUAAGCAUGCUUUUGGAAGACAAAUUUCUGUUGCAGCAGACUAUGAAGCAUUAUCAAGAAAAGCGAUAACUAGGGCAAAUGGCAAUCCGUUAGCUCUUAAAGUAUUGGGCUGUUUCCUUUGCUCCAAGAGUAAACAAGAAUGGGAAAGUGCAUUGGAUAGGCAGGCAAUAGAUCCACACAAGGAGAUUCUUAAAGUAUUGAAAAUAAGUUAUGACGGAUUAAGCAAAGGCACCCAAAAUAUGUUUCUUGAUAUUGCAUGCUUCAUUAACGGUGAAGUUUACAGAGAAAAAGUAGAAAACAUGUUCAAUUGCAGUGACCAUUAUGAUGUGACAAUAGAAAUAACUGAUCUCAUUGAUAAAUCCUUAUUAAUAGAAAGCCGCUCAUAUGGAAGAGUAUACUUGUCAAUGCAUGAUUUACUAAGAGAAAUGGGUCAAGCAAUUGUUUUUGAUGAAAGCAAAAUACCUGGCAAUCGUAGUAGGUUGUGGAUUGCUAAAGAUGUCCGCCAUGUAUUGGAAAAAAAUAAAGGAACUGAUGCAAUCCAAGGCAUAUUAUUGAAUCUGUCUGAUCGUGGUAUUAAAAAAAAUGUGCAAGUGAGCCCUACAGUAUUCUCAAAUAUGUGCCAUCUAAGAUAUCUUAAAAUAUAUGGAGGCAAACAAUUUGAUGGGGAUUUGAGUUCUGAAUACCUACAAGAGCCGUGUAGAUAUAAUAUAUAUGCUCCUGAAGGUCUGUUUGAUAUUUCUGAUGAACUAAGAUAUUUUCGUUGGGAUUCAUGCCCUUUGAAAUAUUUGCCGAAUUUUAGUCCAGAGAAUCUUGUUGGACUUAUUAUGCGUGGGAGCAAACUUGAGAAACUUUGGAAUGAAGUCCAGCUCCUUGACCUCGAGAAGUUAAAGAAGAUUGAUCUUAGAGAUUCUGAGCACCUUACUGGAAUACCAAAUCUGUCUGGGGCUACCAAUCUUGAAAUUCUAAAUCUCCAAGGUUGUAAAAAUUUGGUUCAAAUUCACUUAAAUCUUCAGAAUCUCCGCAAGCUUCAGAUUCUAAAUGUAAGUCAUUGCUACAAUCUCAAAAAAUGCGGAGCAUCUGAAAGUCAAGAAGUGCCCUCAUCAGCUCCCGUUGGAUUAGAUUUCUCAUAUUGCACAAGGCUUAGAAGUGUACUUUGGAAUGAAGUUCAGUUCAUGAAGUUAAAGAAGAUCGAUGCUAGUUAUUGUGAGCACCUUGCUGAACUACCAAAUUUGUCUGGGGCUAUCAAUCUUGAAAUUAUAACACUCCGAGGCUGCAAAAGUUUGGUUCAAGUUGCUUUAAAUUUUAAGAAUCACCCCAACCUUCGGAUUCUAGAUUUGAGAGAAUGCGACAAUCUCGAAGAAUGCAGAGAUUCUGAAAAUAUUGCAACUGAUAAUAUAGCAUUUACAGAAGAAGAGACCUCAUCAUCAGUUCCUGUUGAGUUAUAUUUCUCAAAUUGCAAAAGACUGAGAAGUAUACCAGCAAGCAUUGGGAAAUUGAAAUAUCUGAGUCGGCUGGAUCUUAGUAAGUGCCCAAACCUGGAAAAGUUUCCAGAAAUCUCUUCGGGCGGUAUGGAAUGCUUGCAUGAGCUUUCGUUAAAGCGAACAGAGAUUGAAGAGUUACCCGACUCAAUUGAAAAUAUAAAAAGGCUCAGACACUUAAGUUUGAAGUAUUGCAAAAGACUUAAAAGUCUACCCCAGAGCAUUUGGAAGUUGAAAUAUCUGGAAAAGCUGAUUGUUCCUGGUUGCCCAAACCUGCAGGGAAAGUUCCCAGAAAUAAGGGAUAUUAUGGAAUGCUUGGAUGAAAUUGAUUUAGGGGGAACAGGGAUUGAAGAGUUACCCGAAUCAAUUGAAAAUCUAACUGCGCUCACAACUUUAAACCUUGGCAGUUGCCCACAGAUUAAGUUUCUCCCAAACAGCCUCUGUAAAUUAUCAAGUCUUGUUACAUUGAACCUCAAGGAAUGUUCAUCACUUGAAGAAUUGCCUUGCCUUCCACUUGGUUUGGUAAAAUUGAAUAUCAAUUACUGUGAGAGCUUGAAAUCAAUACAACAGUUUCCAUCUUCAUUAUCUAUGUUUGAAGCAGCCGGUUGUACAUCAAUUAAAACAAUAUCAAGUUGUGAGUCGGCUCACAUUCACAACCUAACAUAUUUUAGGCUUCUUUUCCCUAUGUUUUGGAGGUUUGAAAAUUGUAUGGAUUUGGAUCACAACACACGCAACCACAUAAUUGCUGAUACUGCAUACAAUAGAGUUUAUGGCGCGGGUGCAUGUCCAUUUGUUGAUAUUGUGUACCCAGGAGAUGAAAUCCCAAAGUGGUUCAACAACGCAAGAACUGAUGAUGGGAAUUCGAUCAAUUUUCGGCUUCCUCUAAAUUGGUUUAAAUAUCCUGAUAGCCAGGUCUUUUUUGUUGUCUGCAUUGUUGGUGUGUUGAAUAAUUUUGAUGAUGAUGAUCAUGAUAAGCAGAUGAGGAUUGUUGCAUUGAGAUACAAUAUCAAAACCGAAACCAAUACCAGUGAUGGCUGUCUUCACAAAUAUAUUGGUGGUUUCGCAACUACUUAUUUACAAGCAAAUACCCGUAAUGCUGAUCACGUGUUCAUUAUGCACAACCGAGAAUAUAUGUGUUUGGAUGCACAAGUGUUUGGAAAACUGUAUGUACCUCAUUGGUGUUUUAAUCUUCGGAAAGUGGACAGCCUGCAGGCUUCUUUCAGUAUAUGUUUGGUAGAAGGUGUAGGUGUCAAUUUUGACAUAAAGAAGUGUGGGAUACGCUUCAUCUAUGACCAUGAUGAACCAAAUGUAGACAGUACUAGUGGUGAAUGUUCUGAUCAAGCAUGUGGAUGUCAAAAUACAUAUAUAUAUGAUCGAUCAGUCACAUCCUCAGAUUAGUUCAAAGAGAAUCAAGCUUAGGGGACAAGAUGCCUCUCUUCCAAAUAAACCGGCACCGUAACAGUCUUCUUCUUCUAGGAUUUCUACCAUGAUCAUGCAUGUGGGCAUAUCAAGUAUGAAUUCCAUAUUAUUAAUAUUAAUGGUUCCAUUUUUUUUUUCUUGAUACAAAAAGCCAUAUUAUUGUUGAUUCACUGCCCAAAAAGCAGAGAACAAAAACUAAUAUUCCUGAAUUUUGUUUAUGGUGUAUUACAUAUGGAUGAAAUAUAUGUAACAGAUUAACAUCUAUUGAUCAUUCUUUGGUUAUC